GAGACUUCAGUCUCCCUCCAGACACGACCUCGAGCUCAUCAACAUGGUGAAUCGCAAUCCGGUGAUAAAGUACACGAAGAUUUUUAUCAACAAUGAAUUUGUUGACGCAGCAAGUGGAAAAACAUUUCCGAGCAUCAAUCCAGCAACAGAAACUGUCGUCGCACAGAUAUCCGAAGGUGAUAAGGCCGACGUAGAUAAAGCAGUUAUCGCAGCAAAAAGUGCAUUCCAACCAGGAUCACCCUGGAGACGCCUAAAACCCGGUGAUCGCGGUAUUCUCCUCAAUAAGUUGGCAGAUUUGAUAGACCGCGAUGCUGAAGAGAUUGCGAGUAUCCAAACGUUGGAGAACGGCAAGCCCUGGAAGAUGGCACUGGGUGAAAUCCGAGUGUCAGCAGCGGUGCUGAGGUACUACGCUGGUUGGGCUGAUAAAAUUCACGGGGAAACCGCGGAAACAGAUGACAAGAGCGUGGUGAUGACCAGGAGGGAGCCAAUAGGUGCUGUUGGACAGAUUACACCGUGGAAUGGACCAAUUGCUCUUCUGGGGUUCAAGUGGGGUCCAGCACUGGCUGCUGGAUGCACCAUAGUUCUGAAACCUGCGGAGCAGACCCCGUUGUGUACCCUCCAUGUCACCGCUUUGACGAGGGAAGCUGGAUUUCCACCUGGUGUUAUCAACGUCGUUCCUGGAUAUGGACCCACUGCUGGCGCCGCUGUCUCUGAACAUCCGGACAUCACGAAAGUUGCCUUCACCGGAUCUGUCGAGGUUGGAAAAAAAAUAAUGAUAGCUUCGGGUACCACAAACCUGAAGCGCGUGACGCUGGAGCUCGGUGGGAAGAGUCCCCUCGUCAUCUUCGAUGAUGCCAAUGUUGAUGAAGCUGUUAAAAUAGCCCACAACGCAAUCUUCGCAAAUUCUGGACAAAUUUGCAUUGCAGCCUCACGGGUUUUCGUUCAAUCAAAGAUCUACGAUGAAUUCGUCAAGAAAUCAAAAGCAAUGGCGCUGAAAAGAAAACUCGGUGAUCCAUUUGAUCCCACGACUGAGCAAGGACCACAGGUUGACGAUGAGAUAUUCGAAAGGGUCAUGGGUUAUCUCAAGGUAGGAGUAGCGGAAGGAGCAACUCUGGAAGUCGGUGGGAAGAGAUUUGGAACACUUGGGUAUUACAUUCAGCCCACAAUCUUCUCAAACGUCAAGGACAACAUGAGAAUUGCUCGUGAGGAGAUAUUUGGACCUGUUCAAUCGAUUUUCAAAUUCGAUACGAUGGAGGAAGUCAUCAAACGAGCCAAUGACACCACUUAUGGUCUCGGUGCUGGUGUUAUCACCAAUGAUAUCAAUAAAGCUCUCAAAUUCGCUCAAGCUGUUGAAUCAGGAAGUGUUUGGAUCAACCAGUACGACGCCAUCUGCCCACAGGCGCCAUUCGGUGGAUGGAAGCAAUCAGGAAUUGGACGUGAAUUGGGCGAAGAGGCAUUGAACAGUUAUUUGGAGACUAAAUCAAUCCACAUCAGGCUGUCUUAAAGAAACAUUAUUUAUCCAAUAAAUAAUAGACUUGGAUCAUUUUUUUUUGGUAGAUAUAAUUAAUAAUUUGUAAAAUCAAGAAUGUUUCAGCUAUUUAUGAAACAGUAUCUGAAGAGAUCACGGGACAGGGUUAUUCAAGGAUUACGACCGAUGAUUCGUUGAACCGUGAAGCCAUAAAUAAACAAUAAUUACAGAAAAUAAUGGAAUUGAGAUGAGUGAAUUGAAAAUGCGAGGAGUGUGAGGUGUUUAAAGGCCGUGGAUGAGCACUAGAUCUUGUUCAGUCCAAAAUUAGUGCUCUCAUCUCGUUCAGUCGAAGCCUUUUGUUAUAAAAAAAAUUGUUUAACUCUCGGAGCUAGUGGAUUACACGGGGAUCAUGACGAUUGACUUCGAGCAGACAGUAAUCAAGUAAACUAACAGAUUGUUUAAUUGUUUAAUCAUUGUUCACUUGAAUUGUCCAGUUAUUCAUUCAACUUUCAAUUUUUAAUCCCCAAUUUUCAAAUCAAUUUUUAAAAUUGAUAAAUUAUAUAUUUUAUUUUAUUAAUUUAUGGAUAUAUUAAAAAAAAAUUCACGGCCAUUUGUUACGGGGUCGUAAUUGUUCCCUUUACGAUCGUCACUAAUGACAGAGACAAUCCAAUAAUUAACUCGAUUUUUUCUCGUACGAUCACCGGAAUUUUCUGAAAUCCUUACGUCACUCAACUCAAAAGUCAUGAAAAAUAUUCAGAAUCUUCAGAUUGAACUUCACUCCUGCAUGAUCAUUCAACUCCUUGUGAAUUGUUCCUGAAAUGUUUAUGAAAUGUAUUGAAAAAAUAAAAUGAAAACCCAAAUCAUGAAUCAAUUAAA